AUGCCAUCCUUCCGGCGGAGCUCUAAUUCCCCCAAACCCCCCGGCUCCACUAGCAGCGUGUUCAACUUCUCCGCCAACUCGUCCAACAUGGCCGACUUUGGGAGCAGCGAUCUACCCUUCCGGAACUCGCUCGCAGCUUCAGACAGAGGCUCCGUCACCAAUGAAGCUUCGUCUCCGAAUGGAAGCAGCCAUCCUCGCGGCGUCGACCGCGUCGUGCGAGAGCUGACGCGCUACCUCGACGUCCUCAGGCCCAAGAAGAAGCAGGCACAGCAGCAAGCCGACGACGACACCUCCGUCUGCGGCCUGCACAUCGAGGAGCUUCUCACAGCACCGCUCUUCUCCUGGUCCGUCAAGCUCGCCCUGGCCGACGAGCGCAAGCGCGGCCGCACCCCCGCCAGCGCCCAUUUCGACCAAUUCGCCCUGCUCGGCCAAGAGCGCACCACCGCCACCACCCGCGCUUCCGCCCACAACCCGGACGGCGUCGAGCCCAUCUUCUUGAACACAAACGCCCCGUGGUCCGCCUUCCUGUGCGGCUCGCAAGGCUCCGGCAAGUCGCACACCCUGGCCGUCAUGCUCGAGGGCUGCCUGCUGCCGAACAAGGCCCUGGGCCGCCUGCCCGAGCCCCUGCAGGGCAUCGUCUUCCACGCCGACGCCUUGGCCGCCGGCGGCGUGUGUGAAGCCGCCCAUCUGUGCAGCGCCGGCGUCGAGGUCAACGUGCUCGUCAGCCCCAGCAACUACUGGCGUCUGCGCCAGGCCUACGCCAACAUCCCCGAUCCGCAAAAGUGCUUGAACGUCCGGCAGCUGAGACUGAAGCCAAAGCAUCUGAACGUGGAGCGCAUGCUGUCGCUCAUGGCCUUCAACGAGAGCAACGGCCGCGUGCCGCUGUACAUGGAAGUCAUCAACAAGAUCCUCCGCGAAAUGGCCACCUCGGCCCAGCAAUCCUUCCAAUUCGACUACAAGCGCUUCAUCCGCCUCCUCGAGCAAGAGCGCCUCACCGGCGACCAAAAGGGCCCCAUGACCCUCCGCCUCCAACUCCUCGAAUCCUUCCUCGACGUCGACGGCACCGACGACAACAACAACACCGCCGACAUGUUCUCCCCACCCCCGGGCUCCCUCACCAUCGUCGACCUCACCGACCCCUUCAUCGACGCCUCCAGCGCCUGCACCCUCUUCGACAUCUGCCUCGCCCUCUUCCUCGAAGACGCACCACCUUCCCCCUCCCCCCAAUCCCCCCCUUCCCCCUCCCUCGGCCGCGUCAUCGCCCUCGACGAAGCCCACAAAUACCUCUCCGCCACCUCCACCGCCUCGGACCGCUUCACCGACUCGCUCCUCACCGCCAUCCGCGUCCAGCGCCACGCCGGCACGCGCAUCAUCGUCGCGACCCAAGAACCCACCGUCUCGCCCAAGCUCCUCGACCUCUGCUCCCUCACCCUCGUCCACCGCUUUGCCAGCCCCGCCUGGCUCGCCGUGCUGCGCCAGCACCUCGCGGGCUUGUCGGCCGUCGCCGGCCGCAGCGAGGAGGAGGUGCGCGCGUUGUUUGAGGAGAUUGUGACGUUGGGCGUGGGGGAGGGGUUGGUGUUUGCGCCGAGUGCGAUGGUGAGGGUGUUUUUGGUGGAGGGGGGAGGGGGGCGGGGGGCGGGUGCGCCGAAGAGGAUCGCGAAGUUGGGGACGGAGUGUUUGAGGUUUAGGACUAGGCCGAGGUUGACGAGUGAUGGGGGGAGGAGCGUGUUGGCGAUUAGGUAG